AUGUCUACGGAACUCGAAGUUGUCACAGCGAUACGCCCGGAGGAGCUUUCCAAGAGGCUUGCCAAGCAACUUGGUGAAAAUGUUAAGGCGAUGCAAGAAUUCGUCCAAGGUUUGUCUCCGGCGACGAAGAUGCCCUCAGAGAUCGCCACCAUCAAGUUUGUAAGGAAACAUACUGAGAUCCCAGUUCCCGACAUCGUAGCAUAUGAUGCAGACAGUGAUGGAGGCGUGGGCGGCGAAUGGAUGGUCAUGGAAUAUGUGCAUGGAAUCCCCUUGAUCAAGGCGUGGGCUACCACAUCCGAUGCUCAGCGUCACAAGAUCGUGGAAUCUGUUGCGGAUGUCUGGGCUGAUCUUCUUCGCCUCAGUUUCAAUCAAAUUGGGAGCCUUCAGGAAGAUGGCAAAGACGACUUCUCUGUCGGGCCUAUGACCUGCUUGCCUUCUAAUAACAGCAGGGAUAUAACACCCCCGGAUCCUUCGCAUUGCGGCCCGUUUGACAGCCCCAAAGAUUGGCUUCUGGCUGUAGCUGCUAGGCACCUCGAUUUUUCUCAAGCAACAGUGUGCACCGCCGAAGAGCGUGCACCUAUCGACAAAGUCGUAGAAGAGCUGCUUUCCAACCCACGACUCGAGGCAGCAGCCGAGCUGGAGAUAUCCAACAUCGCCUUACACCACAUCGACAUGAACGUGAGCAAUAUCCUCGUCGACCACAGUGAUCCGACUCGCAUUGUAGCCGUUCUCGAUUGGGAGGGUGCUCGGACAGUUCCGCUGUGGGCGAUUCAACCUCAUUUCUUCGCCCAUCUAGAGGAAGCAUCCGAUGAGGAGGUACGAGAUCUGCAGUUGCUCACUCGUAGAGCCAUCGGCGAACGAGUGCCUAUGUGGCUCCGCGCCACAGGGGAGGAGGGGCUAAGUCUCAGGCACUUGCUGAGAAGAGCAGAGUGGAGCCCGUUCAACUUUCCUGAGUCGGAUUAUGAAUACGUCGACCAGCUCCUGCAAGGUGUGAUAAUGUAG